AUGUGCAAGGAGCUAGAUUGCGUUAUAAGGCACAUACCGUCUGAGCUCAAUUACGCAGACUCUAUUAAACUAGGGUUUGAUCGUGGAAUCGAUGCUAAGGAGGUUGAGGCAAGUUUGAAGUCAAAUUGUGUCAUGGCGCUUGAUGUUGAUGGUAUAGACUUGCCCGAACUAACUGGCUGCAAUCCAGAAGAAGUUGAGGAACUACAGGCUCUGGAAAGGUAUGCCACGCCCGAUGGCCGUUAUGGUGAAGGUGUCCUUAAUGAUGCUGACUAUGAAAGGAUUUGCUACCUGGAUCAAGACGGUCUUAUUCACCGAAAACCAAGCGAUCCCGAUGAGACCGAGAGGGACCAGAUUACUGGAGUGUUAUAUCUUGGUGAGUCCGAUUAUUCGGAUCGUAUUGUUCGACUAUUAUCUGCGAUUUACCACUACAUAUACGGUCACCUCGGUAUUCCUCGAGUUUAUGAUAAGAUUAAGAUGAAGUAUUCGAGGAAGGGUCUGAAGCGGUUGGUGAGGUCAACUUUGAGAUCAUGCAUACCCUGUUUGAAGGCUAGAGCUGCACGCAGCCUGGAUUAUGUGACCACUCAUGUACAAGGGUUACUGACUACAGGGCUGUGGCAGGUUGUGGGUGCGGAUUUGGCUGGUCCUUACGGACGAAGACAAGGCACGCAAGGAGACGAUGAUGAAGAACACUACUUGUUGUUGGUGCAUGAUCACGCCUCUGGCUUUACUUGUGCAAGGCCAUUGAAGGAUUCCAAGCCCAAGACUAUCGCUAAGGUGUUACACUCUGUGUUCUGUGAACAUGGAGCGCCUAGAGUCCUUAUCACUGAUAGGGAUAGGGUCCAUCUUAUGCGUAAGGAGAUUAAGGUGGUUCUUGCGAAGCACGGUGUACGGUAUUAUACUCUACCCGGUUAUGCUCAAUUCCUGAGCUUUUGGGAAAGAGCUCACAAAGACUUUGUCGAAGUGACGAGAGCAUUGACAGUAUCUAUGGAUCGUUCUACCGAAAGCUCGUAUAUUGAGGACUACCAGCUAGCUGUUAUAGCAUAUAACAUCACCCCAAGAAUCUGGGCGAAUGAUAUGACCCUGAGGCCUGGAACGGAGAUUGACGACUUACGUUUACUUCAACGUGCCAGGAAGAAGAUGGAUUUGGAGAAGAUAGUUCGGGAAUCCGGACGGGUCCGAGACGAAUUUGGGUCAGAACUGUUACUCUCUCCUGGUAUUUGUCCUUCUGAUGAAGAGACACAACAGCUUGAGGAUAGAUUGCUACCACCAGAGAGCUUCAUUAUGGGUGACUCGGAGGAAGGUGUACCUUCUGAGGAUGAGGAUCCAGAUGAGGAAGAUAUGGUGGAUCUUUCAAGGCUUCGAGAACAACUUGGUGUUGGUGAUGAUUAUGAAUUUAGAAGGUUCAUGAAGAAAGCACCUCCAAAUGGUUCGGAUGUGGUUGUGGCGGACAAUGACUACGACGGGUUAGCCACUGUUCUCGAGGGUGAUGCGGGAACUGAGGAUGGAUCUAUGUUGGUCCAGCCUAUGAGGGUUGAACUCCUCGGUGGAUGCUUAGAACUUGCCAAGGCUACUGAUGAGGACAUCCUUACGGUACAGCUCGAUAAUAUGGUCUACGUCAGUCCGUGUGGCCAUAAAUGGACACGCCAAAGGAGUCGAGACCUAUUGAAGCUAUUACACGAUGUCCAGGUUCCCCAUUGCUAA